GGCUGUCGCUCUGGAGACAGUGUUGAGGAGGAAGGGGAGGGGGCAAGGAGAAAUGCGUUAGAAAUCGCCACCCACCCAGCCUCCCACCAGCAAGUGGUUUUUCAGCUUUAACAUCCAGGUGUCAGCCUUUGUCUUUGUAUUGUCAAGAUGUCUCUCUCUAAUAAGUUGACUUUAGACAAACUGGAUGUUAGAGAGAAGCGAGUCAUCAUGAGAGUAGACUUCAAUGUUCCCAUGAAGAAUAAUCAGAUUACCAACAACCAGAGAAUCAAGGCUUCCAUCCCAAGCAUCAAGUACUGCCUGGAUAAUGGCGCUCAGUCAGUAGUUCUUAUGAGUCAUCUAGGUCGGCCUGAUGGUAUCCCCAUGCCUGAUAAAUACUCGCUAGAGCCUGUUGCUGCUGAACUCAAAUCCUUGUUGGGAAAGGAUGUUGUAUUCCUGAAGGACUGUGUAGGCUCAGACGUAGAGAAAACCUGUGCCAGCCCAGCUACUGGUUCAAUCAUCCUGCUGGAGAACCUGCGUUUUCAUGUAGAGGAAGAAGGGAAAGGUCAAGAUCCUUCUGGAAAGAAGUUUAAAGCUGAGCCAGAUAAAAUAGAAGCCUUCCGAGCAUCACUCUCCAAGCUAGGGGAUGUCUAUGUCAAUGAUGCUUUUGGCACUGCACACCGGGCUCACAGUUCCAUGGUGGGAGUGAAUCUGCCCCAGAAGGCUUCUGGAUUCCUGAUGAAGAAGGAGCUAGAUUACUUUGCCAAAGCCUUGGAAAACCCAGUGAGACCCUUUCUGGCUAUACUUGGUGGAGCCAAAGUAGCAGACAAGAUUCAACUCAUCAAAAACAUGCUAGAUAAAGUCAACGAGAUGAUUAUUGGUGGUGGAAUGGCUUAUACCUUCCUUAAGGUACUCAAUAACAUGGAGAUUGGUGCGUCCCUGUUUGAUGAAGAGGGAGCAAAGAUCGUCAAAGAUAUCAUGGCCAAAGCACAGAAGAAUAAUGUAAAGAUUACUUUUCCUGUUGACUUUGUCACUGCUGACAAGUUUGAUGAGAAUGCUCAAGUUGGACAAGCCACUGUAUCAUCUGGCAUACCUUCUGGCUGGAUGGGUUUGGACUGUGGUCCUGAGAGCAACAAAAAGCAUGCUCAAGUUGUGACCCAAGCAAAGCUAAUUGUUUGGAAUGGACCUUUAGGAGUAUUUGAGUGGGAUGCCUUUGCUAAGGGAACCAAAGUCCUCAUGGAUGAAAUUGUGAAAGCCACUUCCAAAGGCUGCAUCACCAUUAUAGGUGGUGGAGACACUGCUACUUGCUGUGCCAAAUGGAACACUGAAGACAAAGUCAGCCAUGUGAGCACUGGAGGCGGUGCCAGUCUAGAGCUUCUGGAAGGUAAAACCCUUCCUGGAGUAGAUGCCCUCAGCAGCUUGUAGUUGAAAUGGUAUUACUUCCUCCUGCUUUCUGUCCAUAGCCUUCAAGUCAGUUUAGUUCUUUUACAUCUCCAUUUGGCUUUUGUGAAAACCUGCCCAAUAGAUCAAGACCUAUGUAACAGACCAACAAUGGGCCAUCAGGAACUCUUAACAUCAGCCCACCAAUUCAUUUCCAUUCAGUCAUGCAUUUUCCUAUUCUUUGCAUGAAUUUGAUUUUCAACAUUGUGCUUUUUAGGGAGGAUAUGUAAGUGCCUAUUAAAGUGAGUUGAAUAAGCUGAA